UACUGCAGCUCUGCUAAUGAACAACCACUGGCUAAGUACCUGCAACAUAAAUAUUUUUUUGUUGUUUUAGGAUCAUUUUUGCAGAAAAAGUGGAAAAAUUUAAGAGAUGCCUACGUUAAAGAAUUUAAAAAAAAUAAAAAUUUGAAAUCUGGUUCUGGAGCUUCAACAACUUCAUAUGGAUAUUUUAAAAGAUUAGGAUUCCUUAAACAAGUUGUCCAAAAAAAAGUAACUGAUAAUAGCCUUGACUUAGUGGAAACUUCAGAAAAUGUUGAUUCGAACAACGUUAAAUCAUCUUCAAUUGAACAUUUGCCCAGAAAGAAAUAUAAACUGAACCCAGCCGAUGAGCAUUUCGCAAAUAUUUUAGAAAGGAGUAUAGAUGCUCGUAAUAAAAAUGUAACAGAAAAAAAAGAAGAAGAUGAUGAAGAUAAGUUAUUUUGUCUUUCAUUGGUUAAGGAAAUAAAAAAAGUUUCCGAAAACCGGCGCUUGAAGUUGAAAAUUGAAAUGUAUAAUUUAUUAGAGCGCUACCAAUCCGCAGAAGCACAGUCAUUUGGAGACAUUAACUACCCGUCUACUUCAUAUAAUUCACAACAGCAGCCAAGAAACUAUUCAACUUCAUUCAGAAGUCCUCAAUAUAGAGACUCGAUGCAGUAUUCUGAUAGAGAAGCUUCAUCACAAUAUGGUUAUACAACUAGUUCCUACACUUCACCUCCCACAAAUUUUUCACAAGUAACAUCACCCGGGUCAUACGAAGAUUCUCAAGAACUGGAUUUAUUCAAUAAUAAUAAUUAAAAUAUAAUUUGCUGGAAAGUCUCAUUUCUUAAAUUAUCUAUUUGAUUUCUCGUUUUAAAGAUUUUUGUUUAGUGGUUGUUUCUUUUAAGUAAUAAAGAAUUAACUUACCGUAAUGUUA